AUCGGCUUGGUCUCGCCAAGUCUCGAGGCGGACGACGCGUUUGGGCCUGCUCCGUUGCUUGGGAGACGGAGACUGCCUCAGUGCAGGAGCUAGCAUGAAGUUUGCUUAUGUAGUCCUGCUGUGCUCCUUCUUGGAACACAGAAGCCUUUCACUAUUCAGUUGUUUGGUCAGUCUAAACACUGGCCCUGAUGGACUGAAAAGAUAAGAUGUCCAGGAUCUGAGGAAUUUUAGAUGGGGCCUAUUUACCCCACAAAUAUUCCACUGUUUUACCAUCUGCUUUACCAAGAGAAAUAAUGGAAAGGGACAAUGUUAGGCAAUGGGAGUACAUCACCCCAACUUCAAAAUAUGAUGGGAGUUCAGAGGCUGAUCAAGUGAAGGUAACUUCAAGCAGAAAGUCUCCUUUGGUCAAUGAAGUCCAGAUGAGAAGUUACAGUAGUUCCAUGUUAAGUGAAUCUUCAAUCCUUACAGAUGUACGUAUCAAUGCAAUGGACCAUGCGAUGCGGUUUGUCCGUCCCGUGGGUUCCAAUGUUGUAUUACCCGGAUUUAAACCUGUGAAUCUAGAAUCAAUUCAGUGGCGCUUUCUCAACUACAAAACAAAGAAAACAGUCAUCCAAUAUUCACACUUUAAGUUCAUGAUGAAUCCAUUUUACAGACACCGAGCAGAGUUUAAUGUGACAUCUGGCGCAUUGCUUCUCAGGGAUUUGCAACUGAAAGACAGUGGAAUUUAUGAAGUAAUUUUAAACCCAAAAGCAAACAAAACACUUAUGAAGGGGGAUGAGAUUUCAAGCAUUCAUCUGGAUGUCCAAGGAUUUUCCAUUGCAUACCGAGCAGGUUCUGGAAUUGGUUGCAUCCUCUGUUUGGCAACAGUUACCUAUGUAAUGGUUCUUUUUCUGCAUCAUCACUCACAGGACUCUUUGUCCUUCCUUUCCAAUUACUGGAAAAGAAACAUCUUUCUGGGAAGUGAAACUAUUGCCGUGCUGAUUGCUUGUCUGCCACUUAUCAAAUCAAAGCAAAAUCUCAAAAAAUGUCGGUUAGCAUACCAAGCACUGUCUUUGAAAAUUAUUCUGAUGGUGAUGCUCUAUGUAUGUGGUCUUGGAUUGUUCACCCUCUUUCACGCCAAGUUCUCUUUUAAACUACGAAGAAACUAUGUCAAGUUGAAAGAGGUAAAACGGUACAGACAAAGCAGAAAUGAAGAAUCUUAGCUCACAAUUAUAAGUGUCCUUUUCUGCAUCCUGCUGGACCUGUCGAGAUGAUUUAGUCCCAACCAUCUUUCACCUGUGGAGUUGUGUAUUCUGUCUGGUAAAUGUACGGUUGAAUAUCUUCACAUUCAUUGUGUGUACUACACUGAACACUUGUCAUUUCAUUGCUGAAGGAGACAUGGGAUUAUGCAUCUUAAUUUAGCAGCCUGAUUGUGCUAUAUUCUUUGGUGAAUUUAGUAAAGUGUUACUUGU